AUGUUCUCCUCGUUUUUCUCAACAUCUGCCCCAGUUGAUCCCACUGCGCCGACCUUCCACCCUGUGUCACCUCCUCCUGACCAGACGUUUGGACCUUUGGAAGCCAAGGACAACGAAUGGCUUUGCGCUAACUCUGGUUUCACGACCGAAACACAAGUAUUCUACACGAUCGGCGACGAUGGGACUUUCAUGAUCCUGCAAAUUAUUCAUUCGGCCGUUGGCUUGUGGUACCCGACCAUCCAGUUUACCUGCAAAAUCUACAACCCAACUACAAAGGAAACGAUCUGGAAGUCCAUCAACGUCAAUAACUUCGUCAACCCGCCACCAAAUCUCGAUAAACGUUCAUGCAAGGCGGACGAAUUCUCGGUCACCCACAAGGCCGGCGCUCCCGACUCUGAAUACCCCGAAUCAUAUACUAUUCGGGCAAAUUUGGCUGCCGACUUACAAGUCUCGUUGGAGAUUUCCCGACCCAAGUUGGUACAUAGCUGGAAGGUCGGACCUGGGGAGAAGGGUGGCUACUCGUACUUCGGAGCAGAUCUGGCAAAGCCUGAUGGCUAUGUUGUCCAUCGCUUCUGGCCUCGCUACUAUGCAACGGGUCACAUUAUCCGUAAUGGCGCUGCCGAGUCACUUCAAGGGGCGGGUAUGUUUGUUCAUGCCAUUCAAGGCAUGCGACCAAAUCUGGUCGCCGCGGCGUGGAAUUUUGCUCACUUCCAAAGCACACAACUUGGUGGAGUGUCGGCUCUUCAGAUGGAACUGACAACUAUUCAAGGCUAUGGAAAGAAGGGGGCAGAAUCAGGAGGUGUCGUCCUCAAUAUCGGUUCAGUGGUGGUGGGAGACAAGUUGGCUGCGGUGACCGCAGAAACGCGCUAUCCAGACGAAGAAGUGAACGAUCAAGCACCAGUCAAAUCCAGAGCCACCCAACUCAAACCACAACUUGAUCCAGAAACAGGCUAUGCUGCGCCGAGUGAACUGGAGUAUGAAUGGGCCGGUUUGUCGUUGCUUGCUGAGUCACCCGGGACGUAUACCGCCAAGGUUCACAUUGAUGUUGGCAACCACGAGAACCCCAAAGGUCUCGUUGAGAAGGUCGAUGUCCUGGCAGAAAUUCCAAGGGUAAUCAAGCUUGCCGUCAAUUACGUGGCCGGCACCAAGCCUUACAUCUAUCAGUGGUUGAACCCUGCAAAGCUGACCCUCACUGCGCCUGGAAGCGAGCCAACAGAAGUGGAGGGCACUUUAUACAACGAGGCAACCUUCAUAUCAGCGUAG